AUGGCCCGUCAAGCUGCUAUCCUGGGUCUUUUGGCCCCGGCACUCAUCCUUGCAGCUCCCUUGAACUCCAAGGACAAGAGAGAUGAGAACUUCGACCUUACCGCCAGAGGCGAGGGCUUCGAGAAGCGUGAGCCCGUGGAAAUCUCCGCUGGCAUCACGGCUUCUAUCAACAUCCCUCCCAUCAAGGUUUCCUCAAUCAAACCGACUACGACCUUCUCCAUUCCCAAGGCCUCUUCGACCAAGAAGUCCUCCAGUAACGCCAAGGCGCCUACCACCAGCUCGACGAAGACAUCCAGCAGUGCUUCUAAGAAGACGUCCAGCAGUGCCUCGAAGAAGACCUCGAGCAGUGCUUCAAAGAAAGCAUCUAGCAGCAGCUCGCGCAAGUCUUCUAGCAGCAGUUCAAAGAAGACAUCGAGCAGUGUCAAGGCGUCCAGCACCAGUCAGAGCAGAGCACCCACAGUGAUGGUGCCUGUUUCUACCAAGCAGCUCACCCUUUCGAGCAUCUUGAAGUUGACUACCCUGCCUAAGACUGCUUCUUCAUCUCCAAGCACCAUCAAGAAGUCGACUGUUACUGUCAGCCCUGUCGCCUCGAGCAAGAAGUCUUCUUCCUCAUCAGCCAAGUCCUCUUCGAGCAGCAAGAAGUCUAGCUCGUCUUCUUUGUCACAGAAGCCAAGCUCUACGAGCAGCGCUAGGGUCUCUGCCAAGUCCAGCAGCUCCUUCAAGCUGCCUAUCUCGGUCCCCAUCUCGAUUCCUACUUCCAAGAGCUCAAGCAAGCCUGCCGCCAGCAGCUCCAAAGCCUCCUCGAAGUCCAGCAGUUCUGUCAAGCCCUCGAGCAGCGCCAUCAAGCCAUCGAGCAGCUCCGUCAAGCCCUCGAGUAGCUCCUUCAAAUCUUCCAGCUCUGCCAAGUCAUCGAGCUCUAUCAAGUCUUCCAGCUCGCUCAAGUCUUCGAGCUCAAUCAAGUCCUCAAGCAGCUCUGUCAAGCCAUCGAGCAGCUCUGUCAAGCCAUCGAGCAGCUCUGUCAAGCCAUCAAGCAGCUCUGUCAAGCCGUCUAGCAGCUCUGCUAAAUCUUCGAGCUCUAUCAAGACCUCGAGCUCGAUCAAGCCCUCAACCAGCUCAAUCAAGUCCUCAAGCUCAGCCAAGCUCUCAAGCAGCUCAGUCAAGCCCUCAAGCAGCUCAGUCAAGUCGUCGAGCAGCUCAGUCAAGUCGUCGAGCAGCUCUGUCUCUCGUGGUGUCAGCUCCGCUUCCUCCAUCACUAGUGGCGUCAAGCAGGGCUCUACUUCAAGCAAGGGUGAACAGACUAUUGCCUUCAGCACGGUCUUGCCUUCAAACACCAUCAAGACUAGCAGCUCCAGCAGCAAAUCGAUGACUGUUGUUACCAGCAAUGGCCAGGUUACCAUCAUCUCGAUCAAGCCUACUCCUGCUUCCAGCUCGAGCCCCGGAAGUUCGUCUUCCGCUGUCAAGCCUUCAGGCAUCAGUACCGUAUCCACCACUGGACCUCUCGAGUCGGCUGUUUCUUCGAUCUUCAGCAAGGCAUCGAGCAUAGUAUCUUCGGUUGUGUCGAAGGCUACUAGCGUAGUCGGCGGAGAGGUGUCCAGUGCUAUCUCUCAAGGGUCUUCAAUUGGUUCCAAAGUUACUUCAACCAUCGCUGGCGAUGCUUCGACCGUCAGAUCGAUUGUCUCGCAGGUUACCUCUGUUGUUGGUGGCGAUGUGUCCACAAUCGGAUCCCAGGCCUCAUCUAUUGGUUCGCAGGUGACAUCCGUGGCCGUCGGCGACGCUUCCACCAUCAGAUCCCAGGUCUCAUCAAUUGCCUCUCAAGCUGUUUCUGCAGGUACUGGUGACGCUUCUGCCAUCGUAUCUCAGGUUUCGUCCGGCGUUUCGCAGGCAACUUCUGCGAUUGGCGGUGGUAUUUCCACUGCCAGAUCUCAAGCAUCGAGCGCCGUCUCUCAGGCAACUUCUGUCGUCGUCAGUGAUGCUUCGAGCGCCGUUUCUCGCGCAUCUUCCGCAGCCUCGCAAGCGACCUCUGCUGUAGUCAGCGGUGCCUCCAGCGUUCGUUCCCAGAUUUCAUCUGGCGUCUCACAAGCAACAUCUGCGGUCACCAGCGCUCAGUCGGUAGUCAGCUCUCAGGUGUCUUCCGUCGUCUCGAAGGCUAGCUCGCAAGUCUCUAGCGCAGAGUCAGUCAUCAGCUCGCAAGUUUCCUCGGCCGCCUCCAGCGCCCAGUCAGCUAUCAGCUCGCAAGUCUCUUCUGCCGUCUCGAAGGCUAGCUCCCAAGCUUCUAGCGCCCAGUCACUUAUCAGCUCGCAAGUCUCCUCGGCCGCUUCGCAGGCUAGCUCUGCAGUCACCAGUGCUCGGUCAGUAGUCAGCUCGCAAGUUUCCUCCGCCGUUUCCAAAGCCAGCUCGCAAGUCUCUAGCGCAGAGUCGGUCAUCAGCUCGCAAGUUUCCUCGGCCGCCUCCAGCGCCCAGUCAGUCGUCAGCUCGCAGGUCUCUUCGGCCGCUUCUCAGGCGUCCUCGGCAGUGUCGAGUAUCAGCUCGCAGGUCUCCUCGGCCGCUUCUCAGGCGUCGUCUCAAGUCUCCUCGGCCGCUUCUCAGGCAUCCUCGGUAGUGUCAAGUGUUAGUUCAGACGCAUCCUCAGCAGUCUCCAGCGUCAGCUCGCAAGCAUCAUCUGCAGCUUCUGAGAGUGUUUCCGCCUCUGUAUCCGUUUCUGCUGGUGUUAGCGCCUCGGCCGGAGCAUCGCAGACUUCUGUCUCUUCUUCGGAAUCUCCAUCUUCGGUCGCUCAGAGCUCUGCCGCAGCCUCUACAGACAGCGGUGCCUCGCCCACUGCAGACAACAAUGCAGGUCUUCCUAUCUCCAGCGUUGCCAGUGACCUAUUCUCUGUAGUCACCGACCUUCCCGGACCCACCGAAAUCUCCGCACCAACUAGUUUCCCUUCAGUGGCCUCUAGCAUCGUCAGCGAGAUCGUUUCUGAAGCGACUGAUCUGCCCGAGCCCACCGAACUUCCCGUUACUUCUGAGAUUUCCUCGGUCUCGAGUGCUCUCAGCGAGAUUGUUUCUCAGGUCACCGAUCUUCCCACUGUCACUGUUUCGGUUUCAGCAAGCAUUAUUGUAAGCGAGAUCGUCUCUCAGGUCACGGACCUUCCUGGAGAUAUCUCCAGUGCUGUAACCAGCAUCGUUGGAGACAUUACCUCGGAUCUUGCCAACCUUCCUACUCCUUCAAACAGUAUCAUCAGCGAGAUUGUCUCUCAGGUUACCGAUCUUCCAUCUGUACCAAGCAGCAUCGACGAUGAUGUUCCUCAGAUCACAGAUAUCCCUGUGGUUAGCGAAGCAUCCAGCCUACUUUCUAGCAUCGCGGCCACUCUGACUUCGGACCUCUCUGCCGCCGCCUCUAGCAUCGCUAGCGACGUUUCGGAUAUCCCAUCUGCAGCAAGCAGCAUCAUCAGCGAUGUGGUGUCCGCCGAUCUUCCUCAAGUCACAAACCUCCCUGGCGAUGUUAGUAGCAUUGUCAACGCAAUCACUACCGACCUCUCUGCAGCAAGCAGUGUUAUUAGUGAUGCUGCUCAGAUCACGGAUAUCCCUGUCGUCGGCGAUGCGUCCAGUGUGCUUUCUAGCAUCGUGGCCACCGUGUCCUCCGACCUCUCUGCCGCAGUUUCAAGCAUUGCUAGCGACGUUUCCGAUCUUCCUUCGGCCGCAGGCAGUAUCAUCAGCCAGGUUCUUCCUACCGACAUCUCUUCGCCCACUGACAUCUCUUCUGCUGUGGUCAGCGCCAUCAACGGAGCUUCCAGCGAUCUUCCUCAGGUCACUGGUGUUCCCGCCGCGGCGAGCAGUAUCAUCUCAGGAGCUGAAUCGGCCGCCACUUCGAUCGUUGAUAACACUGGUAAUAUCGCUUCUUCUAUCAUCUCGUCGAUCGUCCCCACUAUCACCGCCGAUAUCUCAUCUGUCGUCUCGGACGCUGGAGCUGCCGCCACCUCGAUCGUUGACAACACUGGUGAUAUCAUCUCAUCAGUUGCAUCCAUCGCCUCGCCAAUCGUCACCGACGCAGCCUCUGGCGCUAGUGCCGUCGUCAGUGAUCUUAGUGCUGCCGUCUCGAACAUUGGUGGUGCUGUUAACACUGCCGUUAACACUGUCGUCUCCUCAGAUAUCCCUGCCGUCGAGACCGGAGUCAUUGAGCCCAUUGUUUCAGGAGUCUCACAGGCCGCCAGUGGAGCAGUCUCCGUUGCCACCAAUGUCGUUGAUUCGGGCGCCACUGCUGUGAGCCAGAUCGCUUCUGUAGUCACAUCCGUGGUCCCCGCUAUCGUUACUGAUAUCGCAUCUGCCGCCUCGAACGCCGGAUCGAUCGUCUCUUCGCCCGUCUCGAACGCUGGAUCAGUCGUCUCCUCAGUGGCCUCUGUCGCCGUCUCAAACGCUGGAUCAGUCGUCUCCUCAGUGGCCUCUGUCGCCGUCUCAAACGCUGGAUCAGCCGUCUCCUCAGUGGCCUCUGUCGCCGUCUCGGCCGCGUCGAGCGUUCUCUCUGACACCGGAGCAGCCGCUACAUCGAUUGUCAGCGCAGCCGGUUCAGGUGUCAGCUCGGCAGUCGGGUCCGUCGCCACUGGAGUGGGCAACACCGUUUCCGGCACUACCGACACCGUUGGCAAUGCUGUUGGUGGUCUUCUUGGUGGCAAUUCGGGCUCUUCGUCUUCAUCAUCCAGCUCUGUGCCCACCACUCUGGUCACCAGAACCUCAUCUGCUUCCUCCUCUACCGCUUCUUCAACUUCUUCAGCCGGCUCAUCUACUUCCACCAAAGCCAGCUCCACCACCUCGGCCGCGUCAAGUGGUUCUACCGGAUCUGGACUUAUCAGCGGUACUGUCAAUAACCUCGGCAACACUCUCGGGGGCGGUGGCAAGAGUGGUUAG